GCGACGCUUGUUAAGUGGUUUGUUCCAGGAAUUUCACAACUAUUUUUGGCCAUUAUCCUCGUUUUCCCGUUGCUUCAUUUUUGGUUGCCGGUGUGCUUUUUUGGAUGGAUCGCUGGCAAAAAUGAGAAUUGUUUGCAAUGCCACUUAAAAAAUCAUACUCAGAAAGCAUCGGUGCCGGCAAGAGGUCAUCAUGGCAACGAUCACAUAGCCACCCAGCUGGUCUACAGACACCGAAACCUCGGCCGCCGAUACCCGUUUCAGAUGCCACGAAAAAUAAGCUCAGUAAAUUCAAAUAUGAAGAAAUGGAGGAGCAGGGGUGCGAAACCACGGCUCCGGAAGCGACGAGCGCAACACGAAUAAAGACAGACCAGGCUGCAACUCCCGCAGCUGCUCGCCUCAACUGGCGUGAUCUGGUAGAUCCGAGCCCUGCAACAGAAGAUGAAGUCACCGUGUCGCCAAAUGACAAAAUAUUAUGGGACAAUAAACGGCAACCAGUCUUCGCCUCCAGCCUGUCACCGCUCGUCUCGCGAAAAGGCACAAAGCGUGCUCGAAGCUCAUCUCCGAUGUCGUCACCAGCAACAGAAGCACCUGCACCUCCUUCACUAAAUGUACAAAAGCUAGCAAAAGCGUUGAAAUCACCACAUGCUGAUCCGACGCUGGAGUUGUGGGAUCGAUACUCGAUGGCGAGAAACGAGAGCCCAGCCUCAGCAGUUGGCUUUACAAAUCCUAGUCUAGCACAGCUCAUGGUCUCUUCGUCACCUCGACCAUCUAAAGAUAUCACCUCGUCACGAUCCAGUAGCAGCUUACGACGAACGGUUAGCUGCGGUCUACAGGCACCGAAACGUCGAAAGUUUGAAAAGCCGAAGCUGGGAAGCCAGGGAAGCCGGGGACAGCGAGAUCUGGAGGCGGCGUCAAAAUCAUCGCUAGUCACAGCUCUCCUGGAAACAGUAACAAGUAGCAUGCAAGAUCUCAGCCAAGAUGCCUCAACACCGACAGCCGAGUCCCCAUCGCCUAAAAAGCCAUCUGCAAUGGCACCACCUCAACUACCAAACAACGCCACGCAACCCCCAGAGAAUAUGGACUACUUCGAUGAUGAUUUUGAUGACGAUGUCUUUAUGGAAAUGGAAAAAAGCAUGAACCCAAAUUCACAAACACCAAGUAAAGCCGCCCCAAUUUCGGCAACUGUUGCAACCAGUGCAAAGGGGCUUCAGGGCACUGACUUGGAUGAUUUGGCUGAUAUUGCAGACGAUGACUUCGAUGAUGAUGUAAUUCUAGCACAAGCUAAGAAUACAGCGGUUUCGGAGAAGACAUCAAAAGGAGCACCAGACAUGCCGAAGAACGAACCGGACGAAUUCGACGACGAGUUCGAUGAUGAUAUUGCUGCAGACUUCGAUAUUGAGGCCAUGGAAUUUGCGGCGACUCAAACCACGAAGAAGAACUCUAGCAAUAUAGCUACUAGUAAAGCAAAGACAAAGACAAUUCAGAGGUAUCUUGUGACCCAAGUACUUGAAGGCGAGUUUACCGACUCGUUUGGCAACAGCCGCCCUGAAAAGGUUUUAAUGAUCGAGGCGGACAAUACAAAGAUGACGAAGACGCUGCGGCUCCGAGGAUCCUGGUUUGAAACUCCUGCGCAACCGCAGGCAUAUGUCCAUGUUAUUGGGCAAUUCACCUCCAAGGGGCAGUGUAUUAUCGAUGAUAACGACAACUUGCUUAUCCUCCACCCUGAUCAGCUGAUUUCUGCAACUGUAGUUGCGGAUUCAUUUGGAUGUACGCGCCGCGCCGUUUUACAAGAUCGGGUGAAGGCCACAAGUGAUCCAUCAGCACCUUUGGUAUAUGGUACUAUGCUUCACGAAAUUUUCCAGGAGGCUCUUUUAGCCAACACUUUUGACCGUCUUUCUCUUUCGAAAAUCAUUGACCGAAUUACGGAAAAACAUGUUGAAGAUUUAUAUACCAUUAAAGUCGGAAUACCGAUAGCUAAGGAACAUCUGCAGUCGAAAAUGUUAGAAUUGAGCCAUUGGGCAAAGGCAUUUGUAUCGUCUAAGCCAAAACCGGAUGCUAUUGUUGAGGGUCGUCAUGGAGAGAAGGCGAACAUGGCGGUGACAAAGUUGCUCGAUGUCGAAGAGCAUGUAUGGUCACCUAUGUAUGGGCUCAAGGGAAACAUCGAUGCCACUGUGGAAGUCGCUAUGUUCGACGGAAAACAGACACGCACUUUAACGACAGCACUAUACACGCUUCUACUCUCGGACAGGUAUGACAUCGACAUUACAUAUGGUGUUCUAUACUAUAUGGAAACUUCAAAAACCAUGCGCGUACCGGCCAUUCGUCACGAAUUACGCCAGAUGAUACUGCAAAGAAAUCAACUAGCCUGCUAUGUGCGAGAGCGAAGUGUGCAGCUUCCACCGAUGCUCCAAAGCAAACACAUGUGUGGGAGAUGCUAUGCCAAAACGUCUUGCUUUAUCUAUCACAAGCUCGCUGAUAACGGAGACGGAGAAACUAGUGGCAUGGGUGAGAAGUUCGACGAGGUUGUAAAACACCUCACACCGCUACACCAAGAGUUCUUUGUUAAGUGGGAAAACCUACUCACACUGGAAGAAAAGGAAAGCCAAAAGACCAAGAGAGAACUAUGGACUAUGACGAGCGUUCAACGAGAGAAGAAGUCGAGAUGCUUUGCGGAUGUCAUCAUUGAAGAAGGAUCAUCGUCUGUUGACAAUGAUACUCCGCGCAUUAACCGCUUUAAUUAUUCGUUUGUUAAGCGUCUUCCCCAGGCCGGCUUUUCUUUCCUAGAAUCAGAACUGAGCGUCGGUGAACCUGUCGUGGUAUCCGAUGAGGAGGGCCAUUAUGCGCUCGCUAUUGGAUAUGUCACCGCAGUACAACGCAAAAGGAUCAGCGUUGCCGUUGAUCGUCGAUUGCACAACGCCCGUAUUCGACAGCCUGGUUUCGAUGAGGUUGACAAUCAGGUAUUUGCGGGUAUCAUGGAGGUGGCUCCCGAAGGUGCAACUCCUGAACAAUCACAAGGCCGUAUUAAAGAGGCCCCCAUCCGUUAUCGCCUUGACCAAGACGAGUUCAGUAACGGCAUGGCGACGGUCCGAAAUAAUCUUGUGCAAAUGAUGGCAAAUGAUGUCCCGGCAGCACGGAAAAUCAGAGAGCUCAUUGUUGAUUUAAAGAAGCCGAGGUUCAAAACUGUCGCUACCCAAUACAGCAUCUCUGGUAAAGAGAGCCUUAAUGUUGAUCAACAAGCUGCCAUUGACAAAGUCAUGAGCGCUCAAGAUUACGCUUUGGUUUUGGGCAUGCCAGGAACCGGCAAGACUACGACAAUUGCACACAUUAUCCGGGCGUUGACAUCGCAGGGCAAAAGUGUCCUUCUAACGUCACAUACACACACUGCUGUUGAUAAUAUUCUUCUUAAACACAAGUCUGACAAGAUGAAGAUACUAAGGCUAGGAGCGCCAGCCAAGGUUCAUCCAGGUGUACAAGACUUUGCUAUAUUGGCUGGUCAUCCAAUGUCGAAUUUCGAGGAAAUCAAGGAUGCCUGGCACGGUACCCCAGUGGUUGCAACUACCUGCCUGGGCAUUAACCAUACUGUUUUCCAGGAGCGCUCGUUUGACUACUGUAUCGUGGAUGAAGCUUCGCAGAUUUCCUUGCCAAUCUGCGCAGGUCCAAUCAGGAUGGCUAGGACUUUCGUCCUAGUUGGGGAUCACAACCAACUUCCCCCCGUUGUCAAAAACGAGCAAGCCCGUACUGGUGGUUUAGAUGUGAGCCUGUUCAAAUUACUUUCAGAUGCUCACCCUGAGUCUGUUGUAAAUCUCGCUCACCAGUAUCGUAUGUGCGAGGAUAUUAUGACCCUCAGCAAUACCUUGAUUUAUAAUGGUCAAUUACGCUGCGGUACUGAAGAGCUGAAGACUAGGAAACUCUCUACACCGAACAUGGCGGCGUUAUCACACCGACAUUAUAACGGUCUUACCCUUUCAAAGCAAGCUACGCCGCGAUCGAUCUGUCCAGUGGCAUCCCCAUCACAAUGCUGGUUAUAUGACCUCGUUGACAGUGAUGCUAGAGUUCGCUUCGUCAAUACCGACACUCUAGUACCAGCGAUACGAGAAGAAGCUCACGGAAAGCGAAUUGUCAAUUCAGCUGAAAUUAGCAUUGUAUCUCAGCUUGUGGAUUCAUUCCUUACAGUUGGUGUACCUGCUGAAGAAGUAGGCGUUAUGACCCAUUAUAGAGCACAACUGUCCCUGUUCAAAGACAAGCUCAAGUCCUAUCCCGGGAUUGAAAUGCACACUACGGACCGUUUCCAAGGACGAGACAAGGAAGUAAUUCUGCUCAGCUUGGUCCGCAGCAAUGAAGCUUGCAACAUUGGCGAUCUGCUCAAGGAUUGGCGCAGAAUCAACGUAGCGUUCACACGAGCCAAGACAAAGCUACUUGUCGUUGGCAGUGUGAGCACGCUUAAGGGCAGCGGCGAAGGCAACAUGCUCAGCAAAUUCAUUUCGCUUAUGGAAGAGAAGAACUGGAUAUAUGAUCUUCCAGCCUGUGCACUGGAUAACCACAAUUUUGAGGAUCUUCUGGCGACGCAAUUUACAGCAACCGCUCCUACACCAAUAACCCGAACGCCGAAGCAGCCGAAACAUUCGACUUUGCAAUCAAGCCCCUCAAAGGGAAAAGAAAACAUGCGACCAACGCCGAGAUCAGCACGAGUCGGAGAGAAAGUGUUGCUGAAGGGAAAGCCAAUAACACGAGAUAUUUUGAAUGAGAUGACCAAUGGGGCGUAUUAGCCAGUCUUUUGGAAAGGGAAACAUGCGUCCUUUUUGUUAGGAGUUUAUGGAGCAUAUGGUAUAUGAUUUGAAAUGUAUUCUAAAUAGCGCGUAUAUGCUUAAUACCAGAUGAUGUUCCAUGUAGAACAUCAGUUUUCAUGAUUCGUA